AUGCACAACGGGCAGGACAAGAGGAGCUCCAUACUGAUCACAGCUUGCUCCCCUGGUGGGAUAGGAAAUGCGCUUGCGCGUGAAUUUCAUCAACAGGGCCUUCGUGUGUUUGCGACAGCGCGAGAUACGGGAGCACUGCAGAGUCUAACAGACCUCGGGAUUGAAACACUGAGUCUCGUUGUAGAUGACGAGAGGAGUGUCCAGUCAUGCUAUGCAGAGGUUCGAGCAAGGCUUGGAGAGAAAGGGCUGGACUAUCUAGUCAACAAUGCGAAUGGCUCAUAUAUCAUAGAUUAUACUGUUCCUGCCAUGAAAGUAGACCUUGCUGAGGCUCAUGCAACCUUCGAAACGAAUUUAUUUGCGGUCAUCAACAUGUGCCAAACAUUCCUCCCGCUACUUAAGAAGGCCCAGGGUACUAUCGUACAGAUUGGCUCUGUCGCAGGGGUCAUCCCCUAUGUGUUUGGAUCAGUGUACAAUGCCUCAAAAGCCGCGCUGCAUUCGUUCAAUGAUACUCUUAAAGUGGAAUUAGCUCCCUUCGGUGUAAACGUGACAACCAUUGUUACUGGAGGUGUGCAAUCUCGUAUUGCUCGUGUUAAACGUACCCUAGCACCGAACUCACUUUAUGCUCCCAUUGAAGAUGAGUAUAACCGUCGCGUGAUGCACAGCCAGGAUGGUGCAAUGCCACACACUGUAUAUGCAAGGAGUGUUGUCACACAGAUCUUGUAUGGAACAGCACCCUGGAUAUGGGAAGGCAACAAGAGCUGGUUGAUUUGGUUACUUUCUGGAGGCUGGGCAUGGACUGGCAUUUUCCACUACACCAUGACAAGAAUGUUUAAGCUUUAUAAGCUGAGGAAGGUUGGUGAAAAAUAA